AUGAAGAUCAUCAUAGCUGGAAUCGUGGUGACCGCCUGUCUUUUUUUGGGAGCCCACAAAGGAUCGGCAUCCUUGCUAGAAGAAAAUUGUGGAACCACAAAGCAUCCUUUGAGAGUUCGGCGGGUAGUUGGAGGCAAUAAGGCUGAAAGAUUCUCGAAUCCAUGGAUGGUGAUGGUGUUCGCAGACGACGGUUUCAAGUGCGGCGGUUCGCUUAUCACCUCUCGCUUCGUUCUGACAGCAGCGCAAUGCAUUUCUGAAUUUCCGGCCAUUAAGGUGCGUCUUGGCGUAUUCGACAGGGAUAUCAGCGAACACACUUAUGAGGUUAAUAUCGAUCGGAAUAUUUCUCAUCCACAAUUCACAAAAAGUGUUAUGGGUAAUUAUGACAUAGCUCUGCUUCGAAUGGCUGAAGAAGUUGAGUUUUCAGACUACAUAAGGCCGAUCUGUCUGCUCGUCAAUCAAAAAGUGGAAAGAAUUCAUCCAAAUUAUAAGCUUGCCGGCUGGGGUAGUACUGGAAAUGGAGGAAUCCCCAGAAUUCUACACACAACCAAUAUAUUUAAUGUCGAUCUAGACAUUUGCAACCAAAAAAUGGGCGUGCAAACUGAUCAGUCCCAUAUAUGUGCUGGCAGUUUAAGCAGUAAUGCUUGUGCGGGGGACGGUGGAUCUCCGUUGAGCGUAGAGCUAGAUUAUGAGGGAUCUAUCAGACAAUUCCAAUUAGGUAUUGUUAGCUACGGAUCCCGUCAAUGUACGGGCUUAGAUGUUUUCACAAACGUUACGCAUUACAUCAACUGGAUUAAGGAUACAAUUGGCGCGAACUCUGUUUAAAAUAAUUGAUGAUAUCGUUAAAUAAUUAAAAUUUUA